AUGAAGUCUUUUAGAAAUUCAAAAUAUUUAGAAAGAUAUGAAGAUGUUGUUUUUGACCUUGAACAAGCUUUAGCCGCACCUGGAAAUGGUGCUCAUCAAACUAAAACAGGUCAUAGAUUUGUUGCUGAUAACACAGGUGAGGCUACUCCUUUUGAUUGGUAUAACGCGCGAUUUUCAGCAGAUUUCAAAGUUAAUCAGCUGGCUGCUGGAGCUGAUAUAGAUGCAGAUGGAGAUCAAAUGGGUAUAGUAAAUGGAAGUAGUUCUCUCAUAGAAAAGUUAUCUAUCCUAGCAAAUGGUAGAGAUGUUUACAGUUGCAACUAUGCUAAUCAUGUAGUAAAUAUUAAGAAUUUGCUUGAGUAUAAUCCAUCUUAUGUUGAGAGUGUUGCCACAAAUGAAUUUUACUAUCUUGAUACAACAAGGCAUGCUGAAAGACAAAAAUUUACAUCAAGGAGAGUAACACACAGGCAAAAUGCUGCUGGCAACGCUGUUGAAGUGGGUAAUAUGUUAGAUGCAGUAGUAGCUAAUUAUAACAAAGGUUUUGCAAUAAGAAAAGCACUAUUAGGAGACUCAGCAAUAGUACGAUGUGAAAUUCCUCUUAACAGAUAUUCUUUCUUUGAAUCAUUUGAGGACAAACUUCUUCCAAAUACAAAAAUUGAGCUGAAUAUAGAACUAGAAUCAGAUAACAAUCUUAUCUGGCGAGCUGGAGGGAACAAUUGUAGAGUUAUACUAACAAGAUUUCAACUAUUUGUUCCAAGAUUAACAUUUAACUCAGAAGGACAAAAACUAUACAUGGAAAAUUAUCUUAAACCCUACAAAUGGGUGUAUCUUAAUGAAGUAGUAGAACGAUCAAAUAACUCUCAACAGCAAAUAGGCCAAUUUAGAAUUACAAAUGCUAUCUCAAAACCUCGCCAUGUCUUUGUUUUUGGAAUUAACACUGCUAAUAUUGAUUCACAAACAGCAAAUCCAUUCCUGUACAAUACUUUUAAUCUUCCAAACAAUGCUGGUGUUUCUCGCUGUCAUCUCGAGGUCGGAAAUGGAAAUGAGUACCCUGAUAUUCACUUUAGACCAGCUACAGAUCCAGCAAGAGUUUUCAGAGAAGUAAUGGGUUAUGUUUACGCAAAUAACGACUUUCAAGGUGGAACACUUCUCAAUAGAACAAAUUUUGAGUCUUUGUUUCCCUUUGUUUAUUUUGACCUGACAAAACAAAAAAUGGAUAUCAAAGACGGCGUUACAAAACUAUCAUUUCAUUACGAACUAUCUGCUAAUCCAAACGCUGAUUAUAAUAUCUACGCUUUAAUACUUCACGAACGAGUGGCAGAAAUCGAACAGCAAGGAGGAAAACUAUUGCUUCGAGCAUAA